CUCGUAUUGAUUGCGUCAUCCCGCUGAACAGCAGCGGCUGACCGCAGUGGACCAGUCGCAGUUCGCGCCGGACAGCGGACAAGUUGUGAAAUACAUUUGGGCGGAAAUGGCAGACACAGAAAGAUUAAUUGAACUUGUUCGUAAUCACAGCCAUUUGUAUGAUAUGCGGCACGACGACUACAAAGAUGUGGUGAAAAAAGCGGAAUCUUGGAAAGCAAUUGCUGAGACACUGAAUCAAACAAGUGAAGCUGUGAAAUUGAAAUGGAAAAAUUUGAGGGAUUCUUACAUAAAGUAUCUCAAGUUUUUAAAUGGCAUUGCUGGAUCAUCUAAGAAGUUUCAAAAUUGGCCGUGAGCUGGACAUUUGGAGUUCCUUCAAGACACAAUAUGUCUGCGUCUAACAAUUUCAGAUGUUCUGCAUCCAAAUGUAUCAGUUCUCUGCGACGGAGAUUAUAACGACGAUGAUAGUGUGAAAGAUGAAUCUAAAAUGCCACCGCCUAAGAAAAAGCUUAAGGAAUCUAAGGAAGUUAGUGGAAGUGUUGACAAGAUCAUUAGCUAUCUACGAAACGAAAAGGAAAACAAACUGCUGAAGAAUCUCGAUCACAUUGAUAACUUGUUCUUAAGCUACGCUGAUACUUUCAAAAAAUUUUCACCUACAACACAAGCUGUCAUAAAAAUGGAAUUAGCUCAACUGUUCGGGAAGGCUGAACUUCGUGAACUAGAUGCUCCGAAUCCACCUGUGCCCUCCCCACCUUAAGUUGUGUGGUUGGACGUUUUUAUGAGGUGGUUUGUGGUAGUGAGGUUCGUCUAUUCUAAACUAUAAUGGUCAGAUUACAUUUCUGUUGUAAUGUUUCAUCAAAUGUGAAUUAUAUUGUACUGCAAACUACAAAGGUUCACGAACGCUGCUCACAGUAUCAGCAGACUCAGAAAAAAAGAUUAGAAAGUACUUCAGUAUUAGUUUCAUAUUUUGUUUAUAGAAUCAUGCAUAUUUUCAUGGGCAGGCUUAUUGUUUAAAUAAAAUUCUCAAAUCUUCACCUUUUUCAGAAAAUCAAAAAUGUCUUAAAUUCGCGCAAAUAAAAGCAAAUGGUUAACCUUUCCUUUCAUCUCAACGGUUCUCCUGUAGAGGGUAACAAUCACUGAUUUUCGCGAGGUGCAUAAAAUUUGUACUACCCUAUUCACAUUGAUAUACUUUGCACAGCUAUUUCUUUCUAAAAUUUCAUCACACCGAGCAAACGGAAGAAGUUCGUUGGAGUAACUUGGGGGA